GCUUGGACGAGUCAGCAUUGACUGACCAAAUGAAAGUACUGAAGAAGAAUAUGUUGUCGCUGCAUGCGCACGUGGACAACAUAUUAGACUUCAUGCAAAACACUCUAGACCAGAUCCUGGAUGUAUUGACAAGGCCAGGAUACAGGCCACCAGCACAAUCGCCGUUGCCGUUAUCGGCGAUGUCAGGCCCCUUUCCAGUUCAAGCUGGCACACAGCCAAGUGGUAUGUCUGCAGCAGUCGCACAGACUGUUGCAUCUUCUUCUUCGGGUCCAGUGGUGGGAGCUACACCACCGCAACAACCUGUUCCUCAACAGGGACAGCAGCAAGGUCAAUGGUACCCCAAGACCCCAAUGAAACCGCCUCUUGCCUUCUCAGGCGAGAGGAAGGACGAAGAACUCAACACAUGGUUGAGGACAGUCCCGGUUUGGGUAAAGGCCAAGAGGACCUUGCUAGAGGACGAAGUGGUAACCGCUGCAUCUUACCUCGAGGGUAAGGCAGACAAGUGGCUAGAUGGGGUAGUUGUAAUGGUCGGGUAUGGGCGACGCAUGGCGGACUGGGCUAAGUCUCUGACGUUAGACCAGUUCAUGGAAAUGGUAGAAGCUCGAUGGCAUAAUCCACAGGAGGCACAAAGAGCCACUGAUGCGAUUAACAACCUGGCCGAACGAAAGUUCAAGUCGGUCAAAGUGCUUACGACUACCGUUGAGAGCCUGAUCCUCGUCCCAGGCAUCAACUAUAGUGACCAGUUCCUGUUAACUACGUUUGUUAGAUGUUUACCAGAGAACAUCAGGAACUUACUGGCCAGCGAGGCACGCAUUGAGUACCAUUCGUUUGAGACACUGUCUAGGAAAUCCUUAGAUUUGGAGGCCACGCUAGGCAAUGCUCAACCAACCUCUCAGAUUGACACGAGGAAGAAGAAGAAUCCUCAGGAGUGGAAGAAGAAGGGGGCUAAGUUGAUGAUGGUUGAGUCCGAUGGGACUCGAAUGGAGAUCGACGAGCUCACUGACCUGAUGGACUAUACAGAGUUUGACGACGAGGAGGUAGCUGAGGGUAGCACCCUCGCCGCGGUAGUCAAGACUAAAUCAGGUGGCCGAGGGAAGGGCCAACCUAGGAGUCAAGGAAAGGCCGCCUCCAAUCAGACCAAGCAGGCUGAAUGGGUGAAGGCAGGUCUUGACCAAGACGUGUGGCGUGACCGCCGAGUGCGUGGCGCUUGUAUCAAUUGCGGGGAAUACGGACACUCGCAAUACAAGACCGGGUACGGCAGACCUGUAGCGUCUACUUUGGCCAACAAGGAGCGCAUGAUCGUAACAGACUACAUCAAGGACGUGGUCUGUACCUUCUCCUAUGGAGGAGGCGAACUUAACCAUAAGAUCUCGUUCUUGGUUAGCGACGAUUUACCAUUCGACAUGUUAUUAGGCAUGUACUACCUCGAAGUUGCUAAGCCCCAGUUUGACUGGGAUAAGAAGGUGCUCAAGCAUAAGUUGCCCGAUGGCCGAACUAUCAGAUUGACUAAGUUCAAGGCCAGUAGCAUUAUAGAUACCUAUGGCUGCUUGUGCGCAUCAGCGUUCUACAAUUAUUACAAGCAAAACGAAGAGGAGGUUAUGUACCUUGUGUAUGUCUCUGAGAAAGUGGAGGCCGUUAAAACACCCCCAGAGAUAGAACGCGUCGUUGCUAAGUUCCCUGAUCUGUUCGAGGAGCCCACAGAAGUUGUUGAAAGGGAAGUCGUCCACGCUAUAGAAAUCAUUCCAGGGAUAUCCGCGGAGGGGAUAAGGCCGGAAGAUGCGAAGGUGGCUAGUAUUCGAGACUGGCCACGACCUCAGACAGUCACUGAGGUCAGAUCAUUCUUAGGAAUGUGUGGCUACUAUAGAAACUUCGUAAAUAACUAUUCUAUAGUCGCCUCUCCUUUGACUGAUCUAACUCGACUUGACACACCGUGGGACUGGAGUGAUGAGUGCGAGGGUGAUUUCAAGAGAUUGAAGCAUGCACUCAUGAAUCAUGAGGUCCUCAUGGUUCCCGAUCUUCAGAAGCCAUUCAUAGUGACCACUUACGCAAGCCAAUACGACAUUGGCGCAGUGCUAGCUCAACAGGAUGGGAAAAAGUUGAGACCGAUCGAGUACAUGAGUAAGAAGAUGCCAUCAAAGAAGUUGGCAAAAUCCACCUACGAAAGGGAACUCUAUGCUCUGUAUAAAGCACUUGUCCAUUGGAGACACUUCCUAUUGGGAAGGUUCUUCUAUUUGAGGACUGAUCAUCAGACCCUCAAAUGGAUCAAGACUCAACCGGCUCUUUUUGACGCACUCAAGCGAUGGAUUGAGGUCAUAGACCAAUAUGACUUCAAGCUUGAGUACUUAAAGGGAGAGUACAACAAGGUUGCRGAUGCGCUAUCCCGUAGAGCAGACUACCUAGGUGCGCUAGUUUCUGACUUUGGCGUAUCUGACGAAGUAACUCAAUCAUUGGUGGGAGCCUAUCAGGAAGACCCUGUCACGAUGGACAUCAUGCACAAACUUCAGGCAAAAGACAAGGCCACGGAAAGUGAGUUUGUGAUGGUGGACGGGUUACUCUAUCUUGAUAAGGCAGGAAUAAAAAGGUUAAUAGUUCCAUCUAGUGAACGUUUGUGCAGUUUAUUUUUAGGUGAAUGUCAUGACGCAACCAGACACUUUGGCUACAAGAAGACGAAUGCUAACUUAGUACAACGAUUUUGGUGGCCUGGUAUGUUGGAUGACGCGAAGAAGUAUGUAGAGACCUGUCAGGUCUGUCAGCGGGACAAGCCACGAACUCAAGCACCGCUUGGGUUGUUGAAGCCUUUGCCUAUCCCUGCUGGUCCAGGACAGAGUGUCUCCAUGGAUUUCAUGGACACUCUAGUGAGUAGUAAGAGUGGCAAGAGGCACAUCUUUGUCAUCAUCGACCGAUUCACCAAGUACGCUAGACUAGUGGCUAUGGCAGAGACCGCAAGAACUGACUACGUCAUCAAGUUGUUCAAAGACAACUGGGUGCGUGACUUUGGUUUACCAAAGUCAAUCGUUAGUGACCGAGAUGUCCGAUUCACAAGUGAGUUGUGGAAGAAGACUCCAGAACAGAUGGGCAGUCAACUUCAAAUGACUUCAGGGAAUCAUCCCGAAGCCAACGGACAAGCCGAACAAAUGAACAGAGUUGUACAACACUUGCUGAGGCAUUACAUCAAGCCCAGCCAAGAUGAUUGGGAUGAGCAGUUGCCUCUCAUCGCCAGCCUGUACAACAAUGCUAUCCAUAGCAGUAGCGACGUUAGUCCUAAUCAGCUGCACUUGGGAUGGAAGCCUAGAUCAGCACUAGACUUCCUCCUACCUGAAAACCGACCCGCUGCAACUCCAAGCACACUAGAGAAUGGUGUGCAGUAUGAGAAGUUGUUGCAAGAGGUUGUCGAGCAUAUGAAGAAAGCUCAGCAAGCAAUGAUUGCUUCUGAGAAUCAACAUCGUAGACAGUCCACAUUUUACGUAGGGGAACGAGUCUGGGGCAAGGCUAGUGAGUUAGGACAGGAGUUCGGAAUCUUUCGCAAACUAAUGCCCCAGUACUUUGGUCCCUGGGAAGUCCUGGAUAUAGUGGGAGAUGAGAUGGAUGGUCCCACAUAUGUCAUUCGUGUCCCUGGACACCUACGCACUCACCCAGUCUUUCAUGCCUCAAAGCUUGCACCUUUCUCUGAGACAGAUCAAUUCCCUUCCAGGAGAUCGAUGCUGCCCCCAACCAUGGAUGGACAAGUGGAUCACAGGGAUAUGCCUGUUCCGAAGCCGCUGGGUCGAGGAAGACCUCCUAAACCCAAGAGAGAGUACCGUGUCAGAUUCAGGCAUCAUACGGAUCCGAAAGAAGAUCGGUGGUUUACCAGGGAGGAACUGAUUGAGACAGCUCCUCAGGUGGUGGCAGAAUAUGAGAGACUACUGAAAGGGAAGGCACCUGCAAAGUAAGCAUCUCAGCGGACUUUCGAAGCUAAGGGGGAUGGAAUGUAAGGAUUGAGCCCUCAAGUAGGGGCCUUGCCAUGAUGUACAUGUUCUGGGCUAAGGCCCCAGCAAGCCUCGUGCCCGCCCUAAGUGAAGGCGGGCCAGCAAAUCAACAAGAGCCCUUUGU